AUGAAUCUGGCAAAUGAGAGCAUCCCAGGGGAGUUCAUUCUCUUAGGGUUUUCAGAUCGGCCAUGGCUGGAGCUGCCACUCUUUGUGGUGUUUCUGGUGUCCUAUAUCUUGACCAUCUUUGGGAAUAUGAUGAUAAUUCUGGUGUCCCGCCUGGAUGCCAAACUCCACACCCCCAUGUACUUUUUCCUCACUAACCUGUCCCUGCUGGACCUGUGCUACACCACGAGCACAGUCCCACAGAUGCUCAUCAACAUAUGCAGUGCCCAGAAGGUGAUCAGCUACGGUGGCUGCGUGGCCCAGCUUUUCAUUUUCCUGGCCUUGGGUUGCACAGAAUGUCUUCUCCUGGGUGUCAUGUCCUUUGACAGGUUUGUAGCCAUCUGUAGACCUCUCUAUUAUGCAGUCAUCAUGCACCAAAGACGCUGCCUCCACCUGGCGGCUGCAUGCUGGAUCAGUGGCUUCACCAACUCAGUAUUGCAGUCUACGUGGACCCUUCAGAUGCCACGGUGUGGUCACAAUAAAGUGGAUCAUUUCCUUUGUGAGAUCCCUGCCCUGCUCAGGUUGUCCUGUGUGGAUACGACAACAAUUGAAGCUGAACUCUUUUUCGUAAGUAUUGUCUUCCUUUUAAUACCUGUGACUUUCAUCCUCAUAUCAUAUACUUUUAUUGUUCAAGCAGUGUUGAGAAUCAGGUCAGCUGAAGGUCGGCGAAAGGCAUUUGGGACAUGUGGCUCCCAUCUAAUUGUCGUGGUACUUUUUUAUGGCACUGCCAUCUACAUGUAUCUGCAGCCCCCGUCCCCUGCCUCUAAGGACCGGGGAAAAAUGGUGUCCCUCUUUUAUGGGAUCAUCACCCCUAUGCUCAACCCUCUCAUCUACACACUUAGGAACAAAGAGGUAAAGUGUGCAUUUAUGAGGUUGAUGGCAAGGUCUUCUUGGUCACAAAGUAAGGACUACAAAGGACGUCUAUUUAUAUAA